AUGAUAUCAUUACUGAGAUCUAACAUUUACCGAAGAUUCAGUACUGAUUUCAUUGGCAAAUACCAAGUAAGCUUUAUUUAGUCCUUAAUAAACUCUGGAGAAAUAAAACUAGACCACCAACAAGCUUUUGUAGUAGCUGAACUUCAAAAGUUUUAUGAGGAUCUACAACUACCAAGCGUGACUACCACUGAAAAGAUCGAAGUUAAAGGAGACAGCUCUUCUUGAAGAUUGUUUGGCUCACAAGACACAGUAAAAUACGUCACCAAACAAGUUUGGCGAAAAAUCCCAGGAAUUUAUUUGUAUGGCAGUCCUGGCUGUGGAAAAACCUACCUUUUAGAUCUUUUUUAUGAUUUUGUGUCUCUUUCUCAUAAGCGCAGGGUCCAUUUCAAUAAAUUCAUGCUAGAAGUCCAUCAGAUAAUCCACCAAUUAAAUAAAGCUGACGUCCCAGAUUCAGAAAAAGGCUAUGACCCAGUCCCAAAAGUUGCCUUAGAGAUUUCUAAAAAAGCUCGACUGCUUUGUUUUGAUGAAUUUCAGGUCACUGAUAUAGCUGACGCUAUGAUAUUAAAACGAUUAUUUGGAAAAUUAUGAGAAGAAGGCGUCGCGAUUUUUGCUACUUCGAAUAGACCACCAGAUGAUCUCUAUUAUAAUGGUCUGCAAAGAUUUUUAUUUUUACCGUUCAUUGAGGAAUUGAAAAACAAUUGCAAAAUCAUUGAUAUGAACUCUGAUGUUGAUUAUCGAUAUGGAGGAGAUGAAGAGCACCUCAGAACUUUUAUAUGACCAAAUGACACUAUUGCUGAGCAAGAAGCCAAAAAAAUGUUUUUAAAGGUAACUGGAAAAGAAAAAGGGGGAAUUUUGACGAUUCCUGUAAUGCAAGGUAGAACUUUGACCUGUAAAAAUUCAGCAAAUGGAUGCGGAGUUUUUACGUUUAAAGAGCUAUGUGAAGAAGCCUUGGGAGCUGCUGAUUAUAUUUCAAUUGCUCAAUCCCCUUUCCGUAAACGAACAAAAGAAUUUUGUUCUUCUAAGGGGUUAAUUAUUUUUUAUAUAUAUAUAGUCAGUGUCACUAACCAAAUUAAUGUAAAUUUUUUUUCGGAAUUUAAAAAAAAAUCUAUAUUUAAAGAAAUAUUAAUUUAAUUUGUAAAUUUUGUGUUUUAAAAUACAAGCUGUUUAAAAUUAAACAGAAAUAGCUAGAAAUUUUGUUAUAAUAAUUAUUACUUAUAUAUCAACAUAAUUUUCUCGUUUACGGUGGGUUUUAGGCCAAAAAAUAGGAUUUUUCCAAUGGUUUUGUCCUCUAACGGAGGGGGGAGUCAGCAUUUUCAUCACGUUAUAAUGAUUGGAGUGCCUACUUUUUCUGUAUAUAGAAGAGAUAUCAUGAGAAGGUUUAUUUUGCUAAUUGACGAGCUAUACAAUAGAAAAGUAAAAUUAACAUGCACAGCCGAAGUCGGAAUUGACCAACUUUAUACUGAAGAAGGUGCAGAAUUUGACGAAGUUUUUGCUUUUGACAGAACUAUAUCAAGACUUACUGAAAUGCAGUCAAAAGAAUAUGCUGAGUUGCCUCAUACACCAAUUAUAUAA